AUGGGUGCUGGCAGCCACACUCCGAUGGUGGUCCAGGACACAACAGGGGUCAUAAAAACAUUUUCAGGCGUCACCACCGGCCUGGAAAUGGAAGACACAGCCCAGCGCGUCCGGACGCCCUGGGGACAGAUGGCGGGUGAGGGUGACGGGCAGAAGUGUGGGGGCAGCCCUUUGUGGGUGGGCGGGUGGGCGGGUGUGCUUCAGACCUUCGGAGAUGGCUACCACUCGGCGCUCUGUCCCCAGUGUCCAUGGGGGCGCGCUGACCCCACUCGCCUCCGACACGACACGCCCGUGCAGUCUCUCCAUCGCCCCCUGCGGGAGUUGGUGUUGGCCACAGCGACCCAGGUCCAGGCGACAGGUGGCGGACAGAGUUCCUCCGCCCCCGCGUCCGGCCGCCUUCGUCUUCGGUCCCCGGGCUGCGGGCCGGCAGGGGAGGAGUUAACUCCGGAGCGGGCAGGGCCACCCAGCACACCUCUGCGGGCAUGGCCAGGGUCAGACGCAGGGGGCGUGAACACCCCAGGCCCCUGGGGAGCCCUCCAGAGCCCAGCCCUCCCGUCCUCACCCCAGGGGUCACCAGCAAACCCAAAAGCUGCCCCAGAUGUGAAACUCCUGGGUCCUCUGGGGACAGGGCUGUCACUCUCCUCCCAACUCCCUCCACAGGUCAUCUACGGCCAGGAUGACGGUCCUCCCGGCUCUGAGGACCCUGAGCGUGAUGACCACGAGAGCCAGCCCCGGCCCCGGAUGCCCCGGAAGCGAGGCCACAUCUCACCUAAGUCCCGCCCUGUGGCCAACUCCAGUCUGCUAGGGCUGCUGGCUCCCCCCGGGGAGGCAUGGGGGGUCCUCGGGCAGCCUCCCAACCGCCCAAACCACAGCCCCCCACCUUCAGCCAAGGUGAAGAAAAUCUUUGGCUGGGGUGACUUCUACUCCAACAUCAAGACGGUGGCCCUGAACCUGCUCGUCACCGGGAAGAUCGUGGACCACGGCAACGGGACCUUCAGCGUCCACUUCCGGCACAACGCCACCGGCCAGGGCAACAUCUCCAUCAGCCUCGUGCCCCCCAGUAAGGCUGUAGAGUUCCACCAGGAGCGGCAGAUCUUCAUCGAAGCCAAGGCCUCCAAAAUCUUCAACUGCCGAAUGGAGUGGGAGAAGGUGGAACGGGGCCGCCGGACCUCGCUCUGCACCCAUGACCCGGCCAAGACCUGCUCCCGUGACCACGCUCAGAGCUCAGCCACCUGGAGCUGCUCCCAGCCCUUCAAAGUCGUCUGUGUCUACAUCGCCUUCUACAGUACGGACUACAGGCUGGUCCAGAAGGUGUGCCCAGAUUACAACUACCACAGCGAUACUCCCUACUACCCCUCCGGGUGACCCUGGGCAGGCCACCGAGGCCGGGCCGGGGCUGGAAGGACAGGCCUGCCCGCGGAGGAGGCCAUCUGGCUGGAUACUGGGCAGGGAAGGGAAGGGACCUCAGGCAGGGAGGGGGGUGGAGAGGAGGAGAUGCCAGGUGGGGCCAAGGCCAAGUCCCACGUGGUGGUGGGGAAGGGGUCCCAAGCGCUGGCCCCAGCCUGGGGUUGUGGAGCGAUUGGGGCAUAGGAGCACUGAAGGAGGAGUGAGCUUCUGGGCAGCCCCACUGGCUUCCCUGCUGAGCGACAGGAAGAUGCUGGGCCCCCGAGACCCCCGGGGAAGGCAGACCGGUGUGGCCGGAUAAAGUCGUGGAGAAGAGCCUGAAACCUUGACUCCCUCCUUGCCAUCCUGCAGAAGAAAAGCACCCAGGAGAGGGGUAUCUCGUCAGAGUGGACGCCAAGUAGGCAACAAAGGAUGGCAGAAAUAGGGCUGCCUGGGGAGGGCCCCCUCAGCCCCUUGUCCUGGACUGUGGCCUGAGCUUGGCUUCAGUCUGAAGUGGUGACCCCUGGAGUCCCUUUGAUGUUUUGACAAAUAGACCAUCUGCUCCCAGCCAGGCCACACCUUUCCAAAAUUCCCUCUCCUGCCAUUGCUGCCCCUCCCCUGCCCGUCCCUCUCCCCACCCCACCCCUGCCCCUCUUUGUGCUGAUGGGACACCCAUCCUUAAGCUCCAAAACUCCCUCUCCUGCCAUUGCCACCCCUCCCCUGCCUGUCCCUGCCCGCCCCCGCCCACCCUUGUGCUGAUGGGACACCCAUCCUUAAGCUGAAACAGAGGAUGAUUGUGGUUCUCCCAACACCAAGGCCACAGAUAGAAGCCCCUCACCCCUUGCGCUGUGUCCCCCUCACCACCCCACCCCCUGCUGGCUCCUCUGGGAGUGUCCUCUGUCCGGCCAGCGAGACUCGCCUGUCAGCCUGGGGCUCGGGGGCCCUCAGCCCCUUGGGCCGGGUGACGCCAGGCUGACAGGGGCGCACCAGACCUGUUCCGUGGUGUCUGUUUGUGGGUGGGGGAGGGGAGGGUGGGGUGUGAAAUCACCUUGAUUGUCAGCUUCUGUGUACACAGUCUCGUUCUGGAGCCGGGAAUAAAGCUUUCCCAGGGCACGGCA